AGGGGCAAAAGUCCAAACCCCAGUGUUUGUCACCACACAGACUUUCGGAGAGUCUUCAGCUGGCUGUGACUCCUCCAACCCUCCUUCUCUCAAAAGACUUUGUUUCACUCAGGAUCACCCGCCAUGUCUAUGGAUCUGGAUGAGUCUGUUCCCAUUGCGCCGCAGCAUACAAUGUUGCAUCAGCCGCAACAGCCGCAGAAUACUGCUACGAUUCUCUGCUGCAACUGCGGUGCUCCCAUUGAUGGAACCUCAUCUGCUGGCGCCCUUUGCUAUGACUGCAUUAAGUUGACCAUCGAUAUCACCGAGGGAAUACAGCGAGAAGCCACUCUUCACUAUUGCCGAGAUUGUGAGCGGUGGCUGCAACCUCCCGCGCACUGGCUUGUCGCCGCACCUGAAUCUCGAGAGCUACUGGCAUUAUGCUUGAGAAAAUUGCGAGGCUUACAGAAAGUUCGGAUUAUUGAUGCCGGUUUCAUCUGGACAGAGCCCCACUCUCGGAGAAUCAAGCUGCGAAUUACUGUUCAGCAAGAAGUGUUCCAGGGCACGAUUUUGCAACAGACAUUUGAGGUCGAAUUUGUUCAGGCUUACCAGCAAUGUCCCGACUGCGCCAAGUCCUACACUGCCAACACCUGGCGCGCUGUUGUGCAGGUCCGGCAAAAGGUCCCUCACAAGCGGACCUUCUUGUACCUGGAGCAGCUCAUGUUGAAGCAUUCGGCGCACAAGGAUACGAUCAACAUCAAGGAGACCAAGGAUGGUCUAGACUUCUUUUAUGCUCAGCGUAACCACGCGGAGAAGCUAGUCGACUUUUUGAACUCGGUGGUACCUAUUCGGGCUAAGAAGUCUCAAGAACUGAUCUCCAUGGAUAUUCACACCUCAUCAAAAUCUUAUAAGUUUACCUUCUCAGUUGAAAUCGUACCCAUCUGCAAGGAUGACUUGGUUGUCCUCCCUAUCAAGCUUGCCAAGUCUGUCGGAAACAUCACACCUAUGACCCUGUGCCAUAGAGUCGGCACUUCGGUGAACUUAAUCGACCCCAACACUCUACAGACUGCCGACAUUUCAACACCAAUCUACUGGCGUGAACCCUUCACUCCGUUGGCGGAUGUGCAAGAACUUGUUGAGUUCGUUGUCAUUGAUAUCGAACCCCUUGGCCCGGUCAAGGGACGCUUCGUUCUCUCCGAGGCUACUGUGGCGCGCGCAUCUGAUCUGGGAUCGAACGAUCAGACGUACUUCUGCCGAACCCAUCUCGGUGGUGUCCUCAACGUUGGCGAUUCCGUCAUGGGAUACCAUUUGACUGGAACUAAUUUCAACAACGAGCACUUUGAAGCACUCGAGCAGAGCAACACUUACCGAGACACUAUUCCUGAUGUGAUGUUGGUCAAGAAGUUUUACGCACGGAAGAAGAAGAACCGGACCCGGAACUGGCGCCUUAAGCGCAUGGCCAAGGAUGAGGGUGAGCUACUACCCAAGAAACAGGACCAGGAGCGUCUGGAGAACGACUUUGAGAUGUUCCUUCGUGAUGUUGAGGAGGAUAACGAACUGCGGAAUACAUUGGCGCUGUAUAAGAACCAACCCAAGCCGAGACCGGAGCGCAUGGAGGGCGUUGAAGGCGAUGCAGAGGAAGAGAAGUCUGAGGAUAGCGAAGACGAGGAUGCGCCGAAGAUUAACAUGGAUGAGCUAUUGGAAGACUUUGAUGAACUCAAUAUGGCAGAUCAGCAGUGAUGAGGAGAAUGGAUCUGGAAGUGGUUAUAUAUCGGCGUUCUAGGUUUAUGGGUUCAAGUUCUUACGUCCAGUUAUAGAACUUUAGCCACUCCAUUAGGCAAGGAUAAGACGUGUUUCAUAUUUAGAGAGCUUCAGGAUUAGGUGAAUGUAACAAAAGUUGGUGUUUAUUCGAUCAAAUAAAACAGAGUAGACCGCUAUGCAAUACUAUGCUUAACAUCGAGUACAAACUGCACAAAG